CCCAUGCACAUGCAUUUUUUUUCUCCUCCAUUCUUUUGUUCCUGUGUGUGACAAAGGAUAUAAAUAAAAGCCUUGUCACAAUUCUCUUUCACUUUAGUUUUCUCUGACACGUCCCAAAGAAACGUCUGUACACCUAAUAUUCCUUGACUUGCUGUAAUGGCACGCUUCAGUCUCCAGGUUGCAGCGUUGAGCCUGGUUUGCCUCAUCACCAUGGUUACUUCGGACAAUGAUCCAGCAGGCCCACCUGCAGUAACAGAUGCAGACAUAUGCACCCAGUUCUUCAAUGAAGGCUCCAAGAUGACUAUUGGUCGAGCCUAUGACAUGCUCUGGAUAAAAUUCAGUAACUACUUAAAGGAGCAGACGCUGGGAACUCAGAUAAUUUUGACACUGAUGCCAUUGGUUGAUGAAGACAGAGAUAACCGCCUUAACUUAAGUGAAUGUGAACAACUCAUCAAGCACAUCAAGCUCAUGGGGCCCCAGCCAACCUCCAAAUAAACAGCAGUUUGGUCAUAAACAAAGCCAGAAAGCAGGCAUACGGAAAUACUACUCUUUUAUCAUUAAGCAUGUUUAAGUUGCAGACAGCUUGUAGGUGGAGAUUAUAUAUAUAUAUAUAUAUA